AUGGCCGAGCUUCAGCAGCAGUUGGACCGGCUUCGGUCGGAAGCUUCGGAGGUGCCCCAUCUGCGGUCCAGGCUGGCGCAGCUCGAGGCCCCUGCAGCUGCGGCGCCGGUUGUAUCCGCGGCAGUGCCCGCUCUCAGUGGAGGUGGAGACGGUUGGGACGAUUUCGAUUUUGACGUGGAAACGGCAGCAAAAGCCGAUGCUGGCCUUGAUGCAGAGGCAGAGGACGAAGGUGGGGAUGGCUGGGCAAACGACUUGGACCUCGGAGAUGCCGGCCUCACUUUGGGAGACACAGGUGGUCCGCAGGUCUUCGACAUGGCCAUGGACGACGACCUUGCGCAGGAGGCCACAAUGAACGGUGAUGAGAAAGCCCCGAUGGACGCGCUGCAGGCUCGAAUUGCGGAGCUGGAGGGCCAGCUUGUCCAAACUCAAGAUGCGGAGCGCGAGUCCGCCCUCAAGGCACAAGCGGCCGUCGCGCAGCUUCAGCAAGAAGUCCAGCGGCUGCGAGCAGAAGCUGCGGAGGCGCAAACUGCAACUGCCGCCCAAGAUGCCGCUGGUUCUGCAGAGCUGCAGGAGGAGGUGAACCGUUUGAAGUCCGAGAUCGCCCAGGUGCCGGAAUUGCAAGCAGCCGCCGAGAAGCUGCAGCUGGAAGUCGAGAGACUCACAGCCGAAGCAGUGGAGGUGCCAGCGUUGAAGGUGCAGAUCGCCGAGGCGGAGGCACAGCGCGCAGCUGCCUUGCAAGAUGCUGCGGGCAUGGCCGAGCUUCAGCAGCAGUUGGACCGGCUUCGGUCCGAAGCUUCGGAGGUGCCCCAUCUGCGGUCCAGGCUGGCGCAGCUCGAGGCUCCCGCACCUGUGGCAGCUUUCGCAGCGCCCGCCGCUGUCAGCGCAGGUGCAGAUGGUUGGGACGAUUUCGAUUUCGAUAUGGAGACGCCCGCCCCUGCCACUGCAGCAGUGAGCGCUGAUGCUGGCCUUUGUGCAGAGGCAGAGGAUGAAGGUGGGGAUGGCUGGGCAAACGACUUGGACCUCGGAGCCGAGCUGGCUAUGGGAGAGCCUGCUGGCUCCCAGCCGGAAGUGGCUGUGGCACCUGCCGAGCUGGAGAAGCUCAAGUCCGAAGCUGCGCAGGCGCAUGAGAUGCGGAGCAGACUUGCAGAGCUCGAGGUGGAGCGCGAGUCCGCCCUGAAAGCACAAGCGUCGGCGGAGCAACUUCAGCAAGAAGUUCAGCGGCUGCACGCAGAAGCGGCGGCGGCACAGGCAAAGCUGGCCGACAGCGAGGCGCAACGAGCAACUGCCGCCCAAGAUGCCGCUGGUUCUGCAGAGCUGCAGGAGGAGGUGAACCGUUUGAAGUCCGAGAUCGCCCAGGUGCCGGAAUUGCAAGCAGCCGCCGAGAAGCUGCAGCUGGAAGUCGAGAGACUCACAGCCGAAGCAUUGGAGGUGCCUGCAUUGAAGGUGCAGAUCGCCGAGGCGGAGGCACAGCGGGCAGCUGCCUUGCAAGAUGCCGCGGGCAUGGCCGAGCUUCAGCAGCAGUUGGACCGGCUUCGGUCCGAAGCUUCGGAGGUGCCCCAUCUGCGGUCCAGGCUGGCGCAGCUCGAGGCCCCUGCAACCGGGACGGCUGUCGCAGCUGGCGCAGCGCCCGCUGUGAGUGGAGGUGCGGACGGUUGGGACGAUUUUGAUUUUGAGACGGAGGCCGCCGCUCCUACCACCACUGCAACGAAAGUUGACACUGGACUUGCUGCAGAGGCAGAAAACGAAGGUGUGGAUGGUUGGACUAACGAGCUGGAUCUGGGAGAUGUCGGCCUGACGAUGGGAGAUACGGGCGGUCCACAGGUCGGCAUGGCUGACGACCUUGCCCAGGGGACGAACGGUGAUGAGAAAGCCACAGCGGACGCGCUGCAGGCUCGAAUUGUUGAGCUAGAGGGCCAGCUCAUCCAAACUCAAGAUGUCCUCCGCCAGGCUGAAGAAGCCAAGAAGCAGGCCCAAGCAGAGCAGCAGAAAGCUGCAAAAGAAGCAGAGGAAGCACAACUGCAGGCCUUGACAAAGCAGCAAGCCGCCGAAGAAGCAGAGAAAGCAAGACUGGAGGCCAAACGCCUCCAAGAACAAGGGGAGCGCGUGCGCACGUUGGAGGAGCAGCUGUCAGCCGCCGAGGCGGCAAGGCUCAGAUCCGACGAGGCGCAUGCAGCGUCGGCUGCGCAGCUGGCGGCUUUGGAACUUGAGGUGACCAAGUUACGCAGUUGCCAGAAGGUCAGCCCGGAGGAGCCGGUCAAAAGCAUGCCGCAAGAGACGUCAGCAGGGCAGGGAUGGGAUGACUUCGACUUCGAGGAGUCUGUCCCGAAAGCGGCGGAACCUGCGACAAAGGCAACGCCUGUCGAGAGUGGAGGCCACGCCUGGGACGGCUUCGACUUGGAGGAGUCCGUGCCGAAAGCAGCCGAGAAGGCUGCGGUGGCAUCCGCUGACACCGAAGGCCAGGGCUGGGAUGACUUCGACUUCGAGGAGUCCGUGCCCAAAGCGGCCGUGCCUUGCUCCGUCUACUUGUCUGCUAAAGGCAUUCUUGGAUCUGAUUCUCAGGGCCGCAGCAGAUGUAUUCGGCUAGUGCUAGGCCAGGGCUGGGAUGACUUCGACUUCGAGGAGUCCGUGCCCAAAGCGGCGGGCUGGGAUGACUUCGACUUCGAGGAGUCCGUGCCCAAAGCGGCGGUGCCUUGCUCCGUCUACUUGUAG